GGCCCUUGUCAGCGAAUUUGAUUUUAGAGGCGGGUGUUUGUUUUUGUCCGCAACCGAUAGAAGAAGAUGGAAAUUGUUGAGGUCAAAAGUAAUCCAUUGCGGCGUUGACUAGAAGCUAUGCUAUGACAAGUCCUGUUGUUCAUAUGGGAUGGAGGCUAUCAAUGCCGCUGUAUUCGAUUUCUUCGCAGAACGUCACAUAGCACUCAAGCAAGAAUGGCUUUCCGGUGUUCUUGACUUCCUCCAGUCACGGCGUAUCGAAUUCGAUAAUCCUCUAAAGAUCGCGGCCUUGGUUUUCGAACAAUGGAAGCAUGCAGAUCUGACUGAUUCUUCGUAUCCCAUAUUACAACAACAGGUUCAUGAUAACGACUAUUCAAGGACAUACAUCCGGCAUCCGGUUGUCAUGCAGAUUAAUUCCAUCGUUGACAUCGGUACGCCUUAUCACCUCCAAUACACUACCCUGGUCUAUGAAUUCGUUGACGAUACGGGAUUCGAGCCUUCCGCAGAGAUGGAACGAGAUGGGCGUCCCGACAUCUGUGAAGCGAAACGACGUCGCAUGAUCAUGUUAACGGUGAGCGAUGGAGAAAAUAAUCUCAGAGCCAUAGAAUAUCACACAAUAAACAGCUUGUCUCUACUUACUAAACCCGGAUGCAAGCUCCUGCUUAUUCCUCCAAUACAAUGCAGGAAAGGAGUGCUUUUGUUGAAGCCCAAAAGCGUUCAGAUCAUUGGAGGUGAUGUCGCAUCCCUUUUUGCGACUGGACGUCCUCUCGCUGUUAUCACACAAAAGUUGGGAAUAACGAUGUCAAUACUAGACUCGUCGCUUCAUACCAAUGUUCACUCAUUCCACGUACAGUCAGGCUUUCAACGACAGACAGAUGUUUUAGGGAUCGGUGAUACGUCCACUUCAUCCCAGCUCAUGUCAAGUGAACCUAUUCCAAGGAAGGACCAAUUCCCGGAACUGUCUGCAUUACCGCUGCGACGCCCACGCGUCAAGCCUGUUGCCCAGGUUUCUCCGAUAAAAAUCCAUCCAUCGUCUCCUAUUGAGCUAGAAGAAUCCCCGCCCAAUUUUGAAGCAGAGCUUGAAAUGCUACGAACUCGAGAAAGCGUAUCUCAAACAACCUCCAACCAGGAGCGAAACUUUGUCACUGAAAAGCGUGUGUCGAUCUUGGCUGCAUGUGGAGAGACUGAAAUUACUCGAGCAAAACCACUAGCAGUCCUGCAAGGUGGCUAUGACGGAUCGCGAUCAUCCCCUCAAAAUGCAACGUCAAAAAGGUUCCACGAAAAUGAGGUGACCGCACCAUUGAAGAAGGUGAAAGUUGAGCUUGUAACAUUAGAUGACGAUGAGUGCGAUCAUUCCCAAAAGGCAUCCCCGCAAAUUAAUACUCAGUCGUUCGCCACUCAGCGUCUCUCUCAAUCAACGCAAUCUCACCAGCUUCAACAAGUUGAUGAAGCGCCCUCAGUCUCGAAGUAUCGUGCUUUGAAUAUCACGCGCAUCGCUGAUGCUACAAGAUUGAUGCGUUUCGCUGUCGGUUCAUGUCGCAAAGUUGUACAGGCAAUCAUUUUGGACAUUGUAGACUCCCUCCGCAUAGUCGACGGAUUGUGGACAAUGAAGGUUACCAUCCAGGAUGAGUCGAUUGACAGAUUGGCGUGCAUCAUUGAUAAUUCAUCGCUGACCUCUUUGAUAGGAUUGUCGCCCCAAGAAGCGAUGGAAAUUCGCGCAUCGAGUGAUGUUGACCGCCGGAAAGAUGGACAGCGGCGGUUGGCUACCGUGGAAUCGCAACUGAAACGGCUGGAUUUGCUGUUAGAGUUGGAGCUAUUUAGUGGCGGUCGCGCGGAUCCUGUUAUACGCAGCAUCAGGACACUUGUACAAGCGCUUGAUCUCAUUUGAAAUACUUGUAAUUCGUUUCAUCUCAUCUUACCUUUUCCACUUGCUGUGAUAUGCUUCUUGAUGUAAUAAUGAAUGCAGUCUUUUUGUAUCUUGUUUGUGUUUGUGUUUUUGCACUUCCUCAAUAUAAACUUGGACAAAAA